GAACACAGCAUCCAAGAAAAGAUGAACUUUGAAAUCCGCAUACGGGAAGGCAUCCGUAAACUGCUUACAGUGAGCACACAGAAAGACCAGCUUUUGCAAGCGGUUAAAAAUCUGAUGGUCUGCAAUGCACGGAUACAUGCAUACAGGACAGAGCUGCAGAACCAAAUGGAAGAACCUGUCUCAUGCAGAACUGGAAGGUAGUUGUCAGACUCUGGGACAAAGGACAGGAUGGCAUGUAGAGCAAAAGUUGCUCUCUCAGAUAUUCAAAUACCAUUAAUGUGGAAAGGUUCUGAUCACUUCAACAAUAAAGAAAAAUCACAGCGCUAUGCAGUGUUUUGUUUGUUCAGAAUGGGAGCUGAGGUUUUUGAUACAGAGGUGGCAAUUGUGGAUAAAGCAAUAACAGAUAUCUGUUUUGAAAACGUAACCAUAUUUGAUGAAGCAGGACCAGAUUUCCAGGUGAAGGUUGAAGUGUAUAGUUGCUGUACAGAGGAGUCUUUAUAUGUAGCAAACACCCCUAAGAAACUAGUGAAGAAGCUUAAAACAUCCCUCAGCAAAGCUACAGGGAAGAAACUCAAAGCUACGCUGGAAGAGGACGACACUGACUCCAUUUUGCUCUCUGACCCAGUCAUCCAUGGAGCAAAGUACAGUUUGCUAGCAUAUACCACUUUGGGGCUGGAGAGUGCCAAGGACAGUUUCAGGACCCACAACCUUACCAUUACAGGAAAUGAGGAAUCUUAUUUUUGGCUCCCCCUGUAUGGAAACAUGUGCUGCCGUUUAGUUGCUCAGCCUUCCUGCAUGGCUAGGGAUAUGAUGACAGGAUUUCUGAAUCAACAGCAAAUGAUAGGAAAUCUAACCAGCUGGAGGAGACUGUAUUGCGUACUGAGAGGUGGAAAGCUCUCUUGUUAUUACUCACCAGAAGAAAUUGAGGCUAAAGUGGAGCCAGUAUUGACAGUUUCCAUCAAUAAGGAAAAACGUGACUUCUUAUAUGACUGUUCUAUUCCCUGCAGUGCUUUAGCAACGUUCCAGGAGGCUUUUGUCCUCAGCAAGGAAACCAGAAUUCGAGCUGUGGAUAAAGACUCCAAAAGAAGAACCAAUAGCUUUUCUGUUAUCAACCCUGUGCCUGGAGAGGCUGUGACUCAACUUUUUGCUACUGACAGUAGGGAAGAGCUUCAGAAGUGGACGGAGGCUUUCUGGCAGCACUUCUAUGAUCUGAGCCAGUGGAAACAUUGUUGUGAAGAACUUAUGAAAAUUGAGAUUAUGUCACCACGGAAACCACCUUUGUUCUUGACUAAAGAAGCGACCUCUGUCUACCAUGAUAUGAGCAUUGAUUCUCCAGUGAAACAUGAGGGCUUAGCUGAUAUCAUACAAAGAAAAAUUGAAGAGAGUGAUGGUGAGUUCCUGCUUUGCCAGCAAAAAGAGCCUGCAUCUUCCCUAUGGGCUUCACUCUUUGAUGGAUCUCAUGAGAUGGUUGUUCAGAAAAAUAUGCAUACUGCAAGUCCUAAUGAUGGCAGAGGGAAGAAAAGAAGAGCUCCACCUCCACCCUCUGAUAAACCAGCAUACAAUGCAAAAGCACAUGGGAACACAGAGGAAUGGGACAAAGAGAACUGGGAGAGGCCUGGUGGCACAUCUUGUAGUUCUUUAGAUUCAGCGUUAUCUAUGGAAACACAGCAACUGCAGACACCCGCUGCUGCUCCUCUCAGAAUCUGUCCUUGUAGGAAAAACAGUUUGGCCGACCAUAGGAAUCCCAUUUCUUUGGUUACUAAGACAGAGUCUGAAACCAAACCAGUACCAACCCCUAGACUGAAACGCGUCACAGAAGUGCUAGACCCUAGAUCAUGGUUACAGCCACAGACUUAACUACUGGCUUAGAAAAGUCCCUGAAAUUUUAAGUAAGUUCUCCAGCCUUAUACUGUAACUUUUGAGUGAAACUUGGUAUUGGUAUAUAGUUUAUAAGUAUUGAGGCUGAAGUCUUGUUGGUUGGUUCGUUUGUUUUCUCGUUUCUCUGUUUUGGUCUUUUAUCUAGAACAUUACUACUAGCUGCAUUAUUCGUUUACUUGUUAUUGCUAACAUCUGAAUAAUUACACAAAUAAUGGGGAAGGGUUUAUCUCUAUCUCAAAUAAUGAUGCUAUUUUUGAAACAAAGUUUCCUUUCCCCUGAAAAACUGUCAGUAUUCAGGGUAUCUCAGUGUCCGUGCCACAGGGAUUUUACUGUGGGCUUCUCCCAGUCCCUCUGCUGGUCCCAUCUGCAGCUCCUUAAACUAAUUCAAUGUGGAAUUUCAGAUAUUCAACACCAGUGUCCCAGAACUGAUUUUCUUGGACUUUGUGCUUGGCUUCACCUGAAAUAUUCCCAGAUCUCCGUCAGUGUUUAAGAACCACUGCUUAUAAGAUAAUGUGCUGUGAACAGUUACUGCAAACUUCUGAAUGGCUCUGGAUGAGUUUCUGAAGCAGUUCUACCAAUUUAACAAGAUCUCUGUGGUCCUUUGUGGUGCAUGCACUGUCUGAAUGGACUGCGUCUGUCUGCACACGAACAAGAAUGGAAUCCAUCAGUAUGGUUUACUUUGGACUAAUACAAACAUGUCAAAGCACUACUGCCAAUGAAUACCUAUUGGGGAUUUCUUUUUUUUUUAUUUAUUUAAUGUUUGUUUGGUUUUUUUUUUGACGAAUGAAGCUCUGUAUCAUCACUCCUCCACGGAACUUCUCAGCUGUUCCUUGUAGAUAGCUUUUUGUAAAGGUGACAGCAUUACUGGUAAACAAAUAGGUUUUUUAUAUCCCCACUCAUUUUUGAAAUAAGAGAAUGAAUUCUUCAGUUGAAAAUAUUGAACUCUGAUGUUCUUAUAUCACUGUUAACCAUUUUUAUAAGAAGCGUGGGUUAUUAUGGUUCCUGUGGCACCUGCAAAAAAUCUAUUUCAUGCAGAAAAGAUUCCUUUUUCCUGGAUCCACAGCUUAAAUAUCCAGCUCUUUCCUUGCUUGAUGCAUUUCUUUCAGAAGUUGGAACUUAGCCAGGAGCAAAGGUCUGCCUGCAGAUUUUCCUCUAGAGCCUUAGUAUUCAGACUUGCGUUGAGUCACAUCAGCAACUGUAUACAUACACUUCAUUAAUUUUUUUUUUUUUGAAAGUACAGAUGGCUUUGGGAGUUUUACCAUUUCUCUGGAAGAUAUUGUGUGCAUGGUUGGUUAGUUUGUUUAUCUAUUUUUUGUCUUCUGCUAAGCUCUUGGCUAUACAGUUGUAAAGGUAUCUGCUGCAUUUCCUCAGUAGUUCAUUGGCUGUUUGGGAUGGAAUUUGAUGGGCAGGUUUCAUUUACAAAUCCCUUUGUGGGAUUAGAACCCUCUGUUUAAAAAAUGUCAUUGUUCGUUCUUCAUUUAAUCACAUUCCAUUUUCCCUUGGAAACAGCCAUAAUAAUUCUUACAACAAAUCAUGCUGUUACUUAAGUGGAUGGUUUGUGAAUGGUUUAUAAAUAGGAACAGAAAAACUGAAGAAUAACGACAUGAUUAUGUAAAUUAGACACAGCCACUAAGUGGACUGUGCAAUUCUGAACAAGAAAUAGGAAAAAAUAAACAUGGUAGGGGGAGAAAGGUGCAGCUGCAAAUUAUUUAGCUUUAAAUCUAGCAUUAAAUGUAACUCUCCUAUGAAAAGAGUAUCUUUUUUUGUAACCCCCUUCCACUUUGUUGCUAUAUUUCAAAAUAAAUCUCUUAAAUAUAUGAGGCAAGAAGGCAACAUAACAAGAAUUCAUUUUUAAAUUCAACAGGCCAUUGAAUUUCAAUGAGCAGUUUCCCUGUUAAAUUCAGGAGCUUUGUUUUGAACUACAACAUACAUAUUUUAGGCAGGCAUUUAAUAUUAAAUUCUUCAAGUGACGAGCAUUCACCCAUUCCUCCUGCUGCAAUAGUUAAUUACCCCAGGUACGUUUUUCACUUGAUUUUUCUAUUUGCAUUUCUAGCUCCACCUUAAGUUAUUUUGGUCUUUUUAUGCCUUUGAUUGCUUAUAUUGAUCUCUGUAGUAUCAGCUUUUCUAAUUGCUUGUGUGUAGCUAUAAAUCAUGAUUAUGUCCCUUUUAACCUUUUCUCUGAUGAGAUAUACUGAAUUCCUUAACUUUCCUAUGGAAAUAAAUGUUAUCCAAGACUAAUUCAUCUUCACAUUCUUCUCUGUACUUCUCACAUAUUUAAAUAUUUUUGUGUGAUCUCUGAAUUAGAUGCUACGUGUCAACAGUGAUCCAGCAGGACUAUACAGACAUAAUCUUACUCUGAUAAAUACCUCCCUACCCUAUUUCCACAAAAAUCACAUUAUCCUUCUUUUUGCAGAAGCAUUACCUUGGAUGCUGACUUUUAUGGCUCAGGUCCUCUUCAGAGUCUCUUUCUAGAAUGUGGUACUUCAUCCCCUUAUUAUCCUAACUUAUUUUUUCUUGGAAGUAUACACUAUAUUUUACCAGCCUUAAAAUACCGCUUAUGAAGCGAUCCAGAUUGCUGUGUGUAAGUGACCUGUCCCCAUUCUUUACUACUCCAGCA